GUACACAAAUUUACAGGAGGCACACGGGGAGGAUCGGCAAACCUUUCUCAUUUUACAUCACAAACCUUGUUUUCACUGUUUAUAUUUGUUAACUAAAAGUGUUGUUUUCAUCCGUAUAGUACGCCUCUACGUUGGGAUUAUAACAUAAUCGUAAAUAUAAGCUUUAAGUGAGCGGAUUCGUUAGAGGACACACCGAGUUGGGCGUCAGGAGAUUUGGCUGAAAUGGCUUAAGCUUUUUUUUUUUAUGAGUGGUUGUAGAUUAUAAUCAAACGUUUUAACCCGUGAGGUAACCCAUCGUGUAUUUUACGAUAUAUUUGUUUUAUUUUGUAUUGUUAACCGUGUUUGUAACUUAGGCAGGUACUUCACUUGAUCUUGAACCGUCUUUGGCUAACCCUGACGUCUGGAGUUUUUAAGUCCACUACGAGUAGCUUAGCCAGCAUGAGAACUCUGGCGUCYUUCAGCUUCCUCAAACAAUGGUUCCAUGUCAGGUGUGUCCUGCCAGGACAAGUCCCCAGACAUCAUGUUGACGCCACAACCAGCUCGAGACAGAAGGGGACACAUGUAUCCGACAGUUUCAAGACUCAAAUAAUGUCCGGUCCAAGUUUUCAGGAUUUUGUCAAAAGAGUUCCAGUGUCUCCGCGUGAAGAACCCGCUGAAGAGCAUUAUCUGUCUGAAGACUUGGAGAUGGGGAACUCAAGGAAAGUGUAUUUUGAGACCUACGGUUGUCAAAUGAAUGUAAAUGACACAGAGAUAGCCUGGUCCAUUCUCCAGAAGAAGGGCUAUCAGCGCGCCACAUGUUUAAACGAGGCAGAUGUUGUUCUUCUGGUAACCUGUUCCAUAAGAGAAAAGGCUGAACAAACAAUUUGGAACAGAUUACAACAUCUUACUGCUUUAAAGAAGAAACGAUUAACAACAAAAUGGCCAAUGAAAAUAGGCAUUUUAGGAUGCAUGGCAGAGAGGCUGAAGACGGAGCUUUUAGAAAAGGAGAAGCUGGUGGAUGUUCUUGCUGGUCCAGACGCGUACCGAGACCUUCCUCGCCUUUUAGCAGUGUCUGCCGGAGGCCAGCAAGCCAGCAACGUGCUGCUGUCUCUAGAGGAGACCUACGCCGACGUCAUGCCUGUUCACCAUGCUCUGAAGGGUCACACUGCCUUUGUGUCCAUCAUGCGUGGCUGUGACAACAUGUGCAGUUACUGCAUCGUUCCCUUCACAAGAGGCAGAGAGAGGAGUCGACCCAUCAGCUCCAUCCUCGAGGAAAUUCGUAUGCUCUCUGACCAGAUGUGAGUCUCAGCAGUGACUUCAUCUCAGGCUUCUGUGGCGAAACGGAGGACGACCAUCAGCAAACCCUCUCACUGAUCAGAGAGGUGGGCUACAAUGUGGGAUUCCUUUUUGCCUACAGUAUGCGAAAGAAGACACACGCCUUCCACCGGCUACAGGAUGACGUGCCACCACAAGUGAAACAGAGGAGGGUGGAAGAGUGCAUCAAUGUGUUCAGAGAGGAAGCUUCCAGGAUCAAUGCUGCUCUUAUCGGCAGUACACAGCUUGUGCUGAUAGAGGGAGAAAGUAAAAGAUCUGCUGAGGACCUGUGUGGGAGAACUGACGGCAACAUCAAAGUGAUUUUCUCCAAAGAAGAUGUUCAGCAUGCUGCAUUCAGCUCUGCACCAAUCAGUGCUGGGCAGUAUGUUCUGGUCAAGAUAUUAUCAGCCAACUCUCAGACCCUGAGAGGCCGAGCUCUCAGUCCGAACACCCUGAGAGGACAGCGAUACACUGAGACACUACAUAUUGACCAGCAGGUGGAUGUGGCCUCGGAAAACACAACUAGGAUGGACAUGUGACCCCACGUGUUGGGGAAAAAAAUGCACUGGUGUUUAUUUUGUUGCGUGGACUUAAAAACAUAAUGAAUAUUGAUAAUCUAAGCAUGUUUAUGAAAAUCUCUUGUAAUUAGCUAUAAAAUGUUCACUCAAACUUAAUUAUACUGUUACCACCAGUUGUAUUUAUGUUACUGCUCACAUGUAUUUAAUUCUUAUAUUAAAGAAUUUGCUUACAACCAGU